AAUUUUUAUCAGUUGCGCUGAAAGCUUGAGGGACGACGCAAAUGCAAAAGAUCAAGUGUGUUGCAGUUGGUGAUGGAGGCGUGGGAAAAACUUGUUUGUUUUGGACAUACGCAAUGAAAGAAUUUCCGCAAUCUAUACCGACAAUACAGGACCACGCAUUAUGCAUUUCAAGAGAUAAUAGUAUAUAUAAUUUAGGACUUUUCGAUGCCGCUGGAGAAACGGAAGAUAAACUGAGACCGCUAAUGUAUCCAGGUACGGACGUAGCGUUGGUCUGUUUUUCAGUGGUAUCGCCACAAAGUUUUGAAAGUGCCAAGUCAAAAUGGAUACCAGAAAUUUUACAGCAUUGUCCCGAUGCCCCAUUCAUUCUGGUUGGUACAAAAUCGGAUCUGCGAGAUGAUAUUGCAACACUGGAAAAAUUAUCAAGUGUGAAUGAAACUCCUGUAACCGUAGAACAAGGACAAGACACAGCUCAAACACUUGGAGCAGCUGACUAUGUGGAAUGUUCAGCACAGACAUUGUUAGGCGUAGAAGACACCAUAAAUCACGCUGUAGACGCUGUUUUGCUGAACUUCAGUGCAAAAUCGAAACGGACAAAAUGUUCUAUUUCAUAGAUUUCGAUUACAAUAGUUUUUUAUUUUUAUUUUACAUGGAAUCAAAGCGAUAUUUUUUCAAAUUAGAAUAUCAUCAUUGGUGACAGGCAAGUUGAAGCUUCGCGCAAAAAUAACAGAUAAUUUUUAUCUGAGCAUCAGUAUUUUAGGUACAGGUACGGAUUUGUUUUAUCCCGUUUGAAUUCGAUAAGAUAUUUAGGAAUAGCUGUUUAGAACACAUUCAUUUACAAAAUAUGUUAGAAUACCGUGAAUAUGGAGAGCUGCAAUAAAUUGUAUGGAGAUCA